UAUUUUUUCGAACUGUUCAGUGUCUUGUUAGUGGGGGGCGGGCUGGGGGGGGGGAGCAAAGUGCAGGACUUGCUUGGUGUUCUCUCCGCUUUGAAAGCCUGCGACACGGUGACGACGACGACGACCAUGAUGAUGAUGAUGAUGAUGAUGAGAUGAAGGGACGACAAAGCGCGAUGACUCUGUUGAAAAAGAUGAAGUCCGCUUUGUGGGGAGGCCCGUUCGGCUCCUGCUGGUUCCUCUCGCUCCCGGUGGUCCUGUUGGGGGUCGCUUGUUGUGGCCCGGCGAAGGUGACCUGCCUGCGAGAUGCGGAGUUCGAGAAACAACCCGCCACCAUUGUCUCGUCGGUGGGCAAACCUGUGAUGUUGGAGUGCGGCCUGUUGGCCACGGUCGACGGCGAGGAGAUUCCCCCCAAUGUGUACUGGCUGAAAGACGGCGCGCCGCUCCCCUACGCCGAAUACGACGACUACCAAAUGCCUGUCUUCGGCACUGACCGCUGGAUUGUGCACAGCAUCCUCAGGAUUAAUAGUGUCCAGCUUUCAGACAUGGGCACCUAUCAGUGUGCAGCCGACGUGGGAAGAGAGCCGAUUUUGUCCACGGAAGGAAGCAUUCUGCUGGAAGGGCUUCCUCACUUCUCCACCGAGCCGCACCACAUGGCUGUGGUGGCCAACACGCCGCUGAGCUUGCACUGCGUGGCCCACGGCCCCCCAGAACCGGUCCGAGUCAUCUGGCUGCGGGACGGCGCUCCUCUCAACACCGUGGACGACCCGGUGGCCUUGUCACCCUCCACGCUUAACAUCACAGGUUUAAACCGGACCAGCAGAUUCUCCUGCGAGGCCCAGAACCGCAAGGGGGUGGCCGCCUCUGGAUCCGGCACCAUUACUGUGCUGCCGGCAGCACCUCACCACCUGAAAGCCGCAAACGUCACACUCGCCAGUCUCCGGUUGUCAUGGCAACCCGGGUUCGGCGGCGACUACCCAGUCAUCCGCUGCACAGUACAGGUCAAACAUUGGGACGAGACCUUCUCCAGAGGUCCGGACGAGAUGAUCCACAACCGCAAUGUGAACGUCCCUCCGCCCGAGUACCUGGUGGAGGAGCUGGAGCCCCACAGCCGCUACGCCGCCAGGGUGGCUUGUCACAGCAGCCAGGGGCCGUCGCAGUGGACGUCCUGGGUGGAGAUGCGAACGGCGGAAGGAGUACCUGAGAACCCGCCCGCCAACGUGACGGCAGUGAGGAACGACACCGGGGUGCUUCUGGUGUGGGAGGAGCCUCCGGGCAAGCUGAAUGGAGACCUUCUCGGAUACUCGGUGGAGUUGAGCACGCCGUCAAUGAAGCGGUUUGUCCUGGGUGCCGGCCUGGACACGGAGCUGUCAAUCAACCUGUCCCUCCCCCUCACCAACAUGACCUUCAGGGUGUGCGCGUACACGGGAGCGGGUCGAGGACCCUGGAGCCCUACGCAGACUCUGACGCUCGUCUCUCCGGAAAUCAGUCAAUUCCGAGGUCUGUCGUCUCCGCCGGCCUUCUCGUGGCACUGGUGGUACGUGGUGAUGGCCGUCACGGGCGCCGUGGCCCUCGGCGCGCUCAUGGCCGUCUACGUGGCCAAACUACGACGCAAGGAGACGCGAUUCGGUGAUGCGUUCCAGCCCAUGAUGCAGAGCGGGGAGCUGGUGGUCCGCUACCGAGCGCGGCGCUCAUACAGCCGCAGGACCACCGAGGCCACCCUGAACAGUCUGGGCAUCAGUGACGAGCUGCGGCAGAAGCUCCAAGACGUGAUGGUGGACAGACACAAGCUGACGCUGGGGAAGACGCUGGGAGAAGGGGAGUUCGGCUCUGUGAUGGAGGGUCAGCUCACGCAGGAGGACUCUGUUCUCAGGGUUGCCGUCAAGACCAUGAAGAUCGCCAUCUGCACGCGUUCGGAAAUGGAGGACUUCCUGCGGGAGGCCACCUGCAUGAAGGAGUUUGACCACGCCAACGUCAUGAGGCUGCUCGGCGUGUGUCUGCAGACGGUGGAGAGCGAAGGCUUCCCCUCGCCCGUAGUCAUCCUGCCCUACAUGAAACAUGGUGACCUGCACACUUACCUGCUCUACUCACGGCUGGGAGACUGUCCCGUGUACCUCCCGUCCCAGAUGUUGGUGCGCUUCAUGACAGACAUCGCCCGUGGAAUGGAAUAUCUCAGCAACAAGAACUUCAUCCACAGAGACCUUGCUGCGCGGAAUUGCAUGCUGAAUGAGAACAUGAAUGUGUGCGUGGCCGACUUCGGCCUUUCCAAGAAGAUCUACAACGGUGACUACUAUCGGCAAGGACGCAUCUCCAAGAUGCCCGUCAAGUGGAUCGCCAUCGAGAGCUUGGCCGACCGAGUCUACACCACCAAGAGCGACGUGUGGUCGUUUGGCGUCACCAUGUGGGAGAUCGCCACCAGGGGCCAGACGCCGUACCCCGGGGUGGAAAACAGUGAGAUCUAUGAUUAUUUGAGGCAGGGAAACCGUCUCAAGCAGCCUCCAGACUGUCUGGACAACAUCUACGCUCUGAUGUUCUCCUGCUGGCUGCUGAGUCCCAAAGAUCGUCCGUCCUUCGAGUCGCUUCGCUGCGAGCUGGAAAAGGCCCUCGACGACCUGCCCGACACUCAGGACCCGGACGAGAUUCUUUACGUCAACAUGGAGGAUUCUUCCAUGGAACUGGGAGCCGUCGGUGGCUGCGACCCCAACGGGAGGUCCUCCCCUCUGGGCCUGAAGGGUCUGGAGUUGACCACGGUGGAGGUGCACCCACCCAACCGCUACGUGCUGUGUCCACAGCACGAGAGCAGCCGAGUCCUGGCCGACUCCCUGGAGAGUCUGGACAUGCCCGUGUCGUCCUCGGCCGCCACGCUGCCUCUGCGCUAUUUCCGACAUUCCACGCCCGAUGUCACCCAGGCGCCCACGCCCGACAUCACACGGGCGUCCACGCCUGCCACGGAGCUGCUGGAUGAGCGUGAGGUGACCCAUAAGGUUCCCUGGCAGUGAUGGGCACAAUUGGACCACACGGAAUCUAACCUUCUUAUUAUUUUGUGUGCCUUUUCGAGCACAGUUUGCACACACACCUGAAGGCAUUCCAUAUAUUCCCCAAUGAAAAGCAUGCAUAUUCAUUUUAUUUUUAUCCAAAACACAACAAAAACAAGUAACUCACAAAAUUUGGAAAAGACAUCCCAACAUCUACAUCUUGCCAUGUCUUUUCCAUUGUAGUCCAGCUUAAUUUGUGGUUCUCCUUAUAAUAGUUUUUGUUUUUACACAAAAUGUAACAUUUAGCAUUUUGCACAACCCCCCCCCGCCCCUCGCCCCUCGCCCCACACACACACACACACACCUGAAGGCAUUUUAGGAUACACCAUUGAAAAGGAUGUACAGUGUUCUCUUGUUUUUCACGGUUAAUGGGGACCAGAACCCCCCGCGAAGUAGGAUUUGCCCCCCCCCCCCCCCCCUAGGAAUUUUCGUGGAUGUGUAUGUGGGUACCAGAAUGUUUAAAAUAUGUAAACAGUAUUUAUACUUUACAUAUUUGAGAAAAAGAUUACCACAGUACACGUAUUUACUUAAAUCUUUAAUUAUAAAACCUUAUACAGUAAUUAACAUUUACUUUGUCCUGAUCAUAUUAGUGUCCAAACUCGCUGUCUUUUCCCUGCAAUCAACAAUCCACAAUGCCAGUUCAGCUUCCAUUUUCACAAUUCUCUUAUUACGCGGAGUUACCACACGUUUCGCUUCCUUGUUGAAGGUUAUUGAAGCAGUUUUGCGGAUGUUUGCUUCCUCUUUCUUGAUGUAGCGCACUGUAAAUUCAUUCACAAACACAACACUAAGACUCAACAUGAUACAACGCGUCUUUCCGCAAUAUGGCUGCCGAUAUGGCUGUAUUAUUAUUUUUUUGAAUGAAUAUUUUAGGAAAACCCGCGAAGCACUGAAGCCGCAAAACGUGAAGCGCGAAGUGGCGAGGGAACACUGUAUCUCCAAAAUGUUGAUUUUUAUCCAAAACACAAGACAUGCCAAGAUGUAGUGGUUGUCCAGCCUAAAGCAUGCUUCUUCUUAAUGUUUUUUGGUUUUAUCCAAAAUGCAAAAAAAACAAGUAACUACAAAAACACAGAAAUUCCAAGGCAACAAAAAUAAUGCAAAGAUGUAUUUUCAUUGUCCAGCCUAAAGCAUGGUUAGUGUUUGUUUCUAUCCAAAACCCAACAAAAACAUAAGUACCAAAACUGCUAGUGCACAUGCGUACGAAGGCAUUCCAGUGUGGUCACUGUGCAAUGAAAAGCAUCUAUCUCCAGUUCUUUUGCAUUUAUCAGAAACAAAAACAAAAUCUCAAAUUUUGGAGAUUACUUUUUUUUCCACAAAUGAUUAUGAAGAACAUGCUUUUCAUUGGACAGUGACAAAAAUUAAGCAAAACUUUUUCCCUAAAAGUGGCACAUUUUCACAGUGGGUAAUUUUGGCGCGUGAAUGUGAAGAGGCCGGUCGUCACGGCAACUCCUCCAGGCGAGGAAACCCCCUCACUGAUGAUAUUUGUUGUCUUGAGGUUGCAUCUCCCCCAAAAGUCUCAAAAUGGGGAAAUAACACUGCCAGGACUCUCGGUCAGCCUGCGGCCCGUUAAACCUUCGCUCCAUACAGGUCCCAAACAGUCCGAGGUCCCAAUAUUCCAAGGUGGACUUUAAAAAAAAAAGCACAUUGACUUUCUUUUGUACGCUGAUGAUUUUCUACUUUUCCAACUUUGCACUAAUGUCUUUUUUUAUAUCAACGUGUAUGUUUGUCUGUAGCGUGUAUAUUUUUGUUUCAUUUGACUUUGUUUGUGAAAUCCAUGUGACGGACGAGACCUUUCUGUUCUUUCUAUCCAUUUACUAUUUUCGAGCCACGUCUGUUACGAGCAGCUGAAAACCCGUCACCAGCUGGCAUCAUGAAUGCACUUACCUGACAUUAUAUACUGGAUGAUGUGCUGUGCAAAGUAUAUUGUAUUGGCCAUACAGUACUUCCUUAUUUUCUUGGAUUGACCGUGGAAAUGAGCAUAAUUCCAUCCAGUAUGUCCAUGUACUAGUCCGCUCUUUGUCCGCACUAGUAAGAUAAUGCAGCGCAUUAGUAGUACGACUGUCUUACCAGUAACAUUUUUUCCCACCACUAGUACCACUUUUGGCCAACUAAUCUGACUUCAUAUGAGCAAUCUUUUUACAAUAUCCUUAAUUCUAGCACAAGGUCCAUGUACUAGUACGUUAUAUGUCCUCACAGGUAGGACAACUACAGUACAUGUUACCAGUGAGGCAAAACUGCUCCAAUCCAUAACUGCGUGCUACUAGUACUGAUAGAAAGUCUAAAAUUCUAAUAGUUAACAUCUAAGGCUUCACUAGUAGAACUCUCUUGCAGAUGUCAACUAGCGGCCAGUUUUGCCUCAUAGAUGUCCCAUUAGUAUGCCAAAUUUGGCCUACUAGUCUCCUGAAAUGUCAUAAAGUAGAGGAAGGCGCUAGUGGAAAAAUGUUACUAAUAAGAAGUCACUUUACUAGUGCGCUGAAUUGUCUUACUAUUGAGGACAAAGACUGUACUAGUAGACAGAUCUUAAGCUGGACAGCAAGCAUAUUGAAAAAAUGGCUUUGCACAACUAGCACGAGGUACAGUACAUGAAAAGGUACUCAUGGGCGCUCCUGAGCUGGAAUGUAAUUGUUUUGGAAGUGGUCCUCUGCAUUGUUGCCUUUACGAGCGCAGUUGAAUGGAGACGUUCACGUCAUAAGUUGGAUUGCCGAAGUGCCUUCACGAGCCAGUAUGAUGCCUCCCAUCCACACGUUGACUGAAAACAAUGACCUUUAUUCGUCAUGGUUUGCUUAAAUUAUCUCCAGUAUUUUGUACACAGAAAAAUAAAGCAAUUUGUGUUA